GGCAACGUGGGGCAGGACGGGUGCCUCGGAGGGUCAGACCGUAGCGACGCGGGAAGUCUGGACAAGGUAGCAGCCAGAAGAAAAGGCCCGUAGCAGAGGAGCCUCGGGCCCCUGCGUUGGCAAUGGCGGAGAGGCCCGAGGACCUAAACCUGCCCAAUGCCGUCAUCACCAGGAUCAUCAAAGAAGCACUCCCGGAUGGUGUCAACAUCUCCAAGGAGGCCCGGAGCGCCAUCUCCCGCGCAGCCAGCGUUUUUGUGCUGUACGCCACAUCCUGUGCCAAUAACUUCGCAAUGAAAGGGAAACGCAAGACCCUCAAUGCCAGUGAUGUGCUCUCAGCCAUGGAAGAGAUGGAGUUCCAGCGAUUUAUUACCCCGUUGAAAGAAGCUCUGGAAGCGUAUAGGCGGGAGCAGAAAGGCAAGAAGGAAGCUUCAGAACAAAAGAAGAGGGACAAAGACAAAAAAACAGAUUCAGAAGAGCAAGACAGGAGCAGGGAUGAGGAUAAUGAUGAAGAUGAAGAAAAGCUGGAAGAAGAAGAACAGAAUGAAGAGGAGGAAGUAGACAACUAAUAGACUGGGCACUGUGGAAGCUACUGCUCUGGAGCAUGGUGUAUGUUUAUGUGAUGCUUUUCCCUGCUGGGCAGAGUGGUCUUAGGCACAAGUGCCUGGGGAGAUCAAAAUAGAAACUGACUAUAAUUAUCACCAAAACCAGCUUUUGACCGACUCAGAGCAUCUGAGCAGCAGAAUCCUCUGUUUGAUCUGUCUGAAGGGUAUUACAUUUUUUUGACAAGAGAGAUUCUGAAGAGCUAAUUAAAUUAGCAGUUUGUUAACUUGUUUACUUAUGUGUAUGGUUAUAUAGUUUUUUAAUCACCAGUCUUCCUGCCUCUCCAAAAAAAUAACUUCCAUGCUGCUUGCUGUGCUCCAGAUCACAGAGGCAGUGAAGACUCAGGAAAAAUUAGGACUUUGAUUAUGGGCAGCCAUAUUUGGUUUACAGUAUUAAAAAUUAGUAAGAAUGUUCAGAAUGAGCUGGGCAGAGUGUCACGUGCCUAUAAUCUCAGCUACCUGGGAGUCUGAGACAGGAAAAUCAUGAGUUUUGGGACCAACCUGGGCAACGCAAUGAGACACUGUCUCCCCCUCCCAAAAUUAGAUAAAAGAGGCUGAGUAUAUAGCUUGGCACUCCCUCAGACUGCUUAAAAUAAAAUAAUAAUCUGUUCUAUGGUUUCUUCACUUGACAGUAGCAUUGAGUUCUGUUUUCUCUAAAACUAUUUGGCUUGUGGCCCUUUUGUGUUGCCUGUAGGCAUCUGACCUGCUGGGGUAGCUGUACUCUGGGGCACAGUGUCCUCUUAAAAAUUAACAGUGUAGAUUGGAAGUCGUCAAACAAGUAAGAAUGCUUUACAAAACAGAUGGCUUAAUCCUAGAUUUACCUCACCCCUGCCACUAUACAGUUUAGGAUUUAUUGUCACCUCUUGAAGGUGUAAAAUCUUAGACUUUUACUGUGUGCAUCUCCCAAGUUCCUGCCAAGUUCGAGGCUUUAAGCACAAUGAUUUCCCUUUUUGCUUCUUGCUUUCUGUUUCUUUUCUGCCUCUUCUCUGCUUGGCAUUCGCACUUUCUUUCCCUUUCUAACUCAUUGGCAAAUGUAGCAAUUUAGAAUACCUGCUUAAUGACUCAAAAUGUUUAGUUCUAAUCCAUGUCUUAAAAAUGAUUUUGUGAGCCAGGCUUAGUGGCACACACCUGUAAUCACAGCACUCUCAGACUGAGGCAGGAGGUUCAAUCUGAGUUCAAGGCCAGCCUGAACUACUUAGUGAGGUCCUGUCUCAAAAAAAAGAUUUUGUAAACUUCUCUGAAUAUUGAGAAACUCUGAUGGUGUUCAGGAAUCUAACCCUCUAGCCCAAUCCCCUUGAACUGCUUCUAAAGUGUGUUGGCUUUUCUUAGUCUUUUGCUCUUUCCAUUCAGUGUUCCAGGUACCAGUUUGUCUCAACUGAGCACUCGGGAUUUGACAGGUAGUAUAGUUUGACACUGUUAACUUGUUAAAUGAAGUUUGUUCAUAAGUAACUGACGACUGUUGAGAUUCUAAUGCUUUGUACAAAUAAAGAACAUUUCUUGUUUAAA